AUGCAGUCAUUACACCUCGGGCUCAAUUUCCAGCGCCUCACAAAUCCUCGGGGUCUGGGUGUCUAUCAGCGGGUUCUGGCACCAUCGCCACCUCUUCCAGUCAAGGGAGGGAUGGACGUUUCGACGCUCCUCAAUUCGAGGAAGCGUUCUGAGGGCGGCGACGAGCUGGCCCGGUUUCGGCAAUCACUUCACCUGGACGGUGCAGCGUACAGCAUGGACCAAGGCUCGGAUAUGGCUCACCACCAGCCAUCCCUCCCACAGUCUCAUGUGACGCCGUACAGUCUUAUGGCGCCGCCUCAGAAUAGCCCUCAGAUGUACGCAGCGAGCGGUUACAUGCCAAGGCACGACAGCCAGAGCACCAUCUCGGACGAAAACUUGCCCCCUACCCAAAUCAAGAGCGAGCCAGCUCCCAAACUGUUUCCUUGCGGGACCUGCUCGAAACGGUUUGCACGACGCAGUGAUCUUGCCAGACACGAACGGAUUCAUAGCGGUGACAGACCUCACGCUUGCAAACACCCAGGCUGCAACAAGUCAUUCAUACAGCGAUCUGCUUUGACUGUGCACUCACCCUCAGAGACUAAUUCGGCACGUAAGCCCUUCUCAGACUCCAGCUCCCUCGCACGGCACCGGCGUAUGCACGCGGGAGCCCGUCCAUACCAGUGUGCAUUUGCCAAUUGCCAGAAGACCUUCACAAGACGUACCACCCUGACGAAGCACCAAUCCCAACAUACGGGCACACUAGAGCAAGCUGCCGCGGAGGUGAAUGCGAAGUUAGCACUGUCGCAUCCUCGGAGCCAGUCCAUUUACGAGUCGACUUCAGGGGGCUCCUCGAGGAAUUCCACAGCAUCGCCCGCAAAUAGAAUCUUGUCGAUUUCACCGCAUUCAGAGCUUCCGCCUAUGACCAGUGGCAUGCAACGUCAAGGUUCAGACUAUGGAUUCUUGCCCCAAACUCAUUCCCUACCCCCUCAUAUGCGGACCGACUUUGGGCCAAACUUGCCCCGCUCGACACCACCUUUAACGAGCCACUCCCUCCAGCAAUAUACGAGUGCGCCGCAACAGCGACCUGUCACAUCUCAUCCGCCAGCGUAUGGACCACCUCAACCUCUGGAGCCUCCCGCCAACGGCACCAGCAGUGGCAGUACGUCUCCUCACUUGGGAGCCCUGGCAUGGGGGUCGCCUGGUAGCGGAUCAUUGCCAACACCAGCCUCAUUGGAGACUUACGGUUACCCAGAACCAGCCUAUGGUGGGCAUUCGCUCUACUAUCCUGGAAGUGCGAUUCGAAGACCUCAGAGCACGGAGCCCGAAGAUUAUGGUCUUCGACCUCGUCAGCCUCAUAUGGCUACCCACAUAUCGCUUCCGACUGAUUGGACUUCAAUGCCACUGGCUGUCCAGGACAAUCGACAGGAACGAUACGUCAUGUAG